GCGAACCGAUCGAUGUCCCUAUAAGAAUUGCAGCAGAAGAAGAAAAUGACUGUAUGAAACACUACUCUCGACUCGAUCUCCAGUGAGUUUAAAUCUUUGGUAUCUUGAUCAAGACCUUCACCGAUUAUCCCUAAAAUGAGCUGGUGGUGGGCUGGAGCUGUUGGCGCUGUUAGGAAAUUAACAGAAGAUGACACCGAAAGUGUUGCGCUAGUGAUCGGUGUGACGGGCAUAGUAGGCAACAGCCUAGCUGAGAUUCUUCCACUCGCGGACACGCCCGGCGGUCCAUGGAAGGUGUACGGUAUUGCACGUCGUCCGCGCCCAAAUUGGAAUGCUGACCAUCCCGUUGACUAUAUCCAGUGCGAUAUCUCAGACCCAGAAGACACCAAAACCAAGCUCUCCCGGUUAACCGAUGUCACACACAUCUUCUACGUGACAUGGACCAGUAAAGCCACUGAGAUUGAGAAUUGCGAGGCCAACAGUGCUAUGCUCCGCAACGUGCUACGUGUCGUUAUCCCAGCGGCUCCAAAUCUCCGCCACAUCAGCCUCCAAACUGGAACCAAACACUAUGUUGGGCCGUUCGAAACUCUUGGUAAGAUCCAAGCCCAUGAUCCGCCUUUCACGGAGGAGUUGCCUAGACUUGAUGUGCCCAAUUUCUACUACACCCUAGAGGACAUCCUUUUCGAAGAGGCUAACAAGAAAGAGGGCCUGACUUGGUCGGUGCACCGGCCCAAUCAUAUAUUCGGGUUUUCCCCAUAUAGCUUGAUGAACAUAAUUGGCGCUCUUUGUGCUUAUGCUUCAAUAUGUAAGCACGAGGGGAGACCAUUGCUAUUUCCAGGCAGCAAAGAAGCUUGGGAAUAUUACGCGGUGGCUUCGGAUGCAGAUCUGAUUGCGGAGCAGCAUAUAUGGGCCGCGGUGGAUCCAAAUGCCAAAAACGAAGCCUUUAACAUCAACAAUGGGGAUGUGUUUAGGUGGAAGAAACUUUGGAAGGUGUUGGCUGAGGAAUUUGGGAUUGAGGAGUAUGGUUUUGAGGAGAAGGGUGAGAAGUUGAGCUUGGUGGAUGAGAUGAAGGACAAAAGUGGUGUGUGGGAAGAGAUAGUGAGGAAGAAUCAGCUGCAGCCCACCAAAUUGGAGGAGGUUGCGGUUUGGUGGUUUGCUGACCUUGUUUUGGGUGUGAUGCCCAUGUUGGACAGUAUGAAUAAGAGCAAAGAGCAUGGCUUUUUGGGGUUCAGGAAUUCCGAAAAGUCAUUCGCAUCGUGGAUUGAAAAAAUGAAAGCUCACAAGAUUGUGCCGUAGAAGCUGAACUGGAGGGACGGAUCAUACUCUGUACAAGUAGCUUGUAAGAUAUAGUACUUUCAACGAAUGUGAAAUGUCUCUGCUGUUGGUGACAUGGUGUAGGUAUAAUUCCAGAUGCCUGAAUCUCAGGGCCCUUUCGGUUUUGUGCAAAUGGACACAUUCAUCGUUCUUAUUUCA